AUGCGCUUCUUCACCACCAUUGCCGUCGCUGUCCUGGCCGCCGUUGCCUCAGCUGAUAAAUACGCCAACCCCUUCAACAUCCCCGUCACUGGCUACACCUUCAAGGUCGGCCAGCCCACCACCUUGAGCUGGGCUCCUACUACCUCCGGAACUGUGACCCUAUACCUGCAGUGGGGUGCAGUGACUACCGCCGGCUCUGGCAUUACCAUUGCCUCGGGCCUUGAGAACGACGGCAGCUACACAUGGCACGUACCUUCCGACCUGGCCGCCCAGCCCGACUACACCAUUGAGAUUGUCUCGGACGAAGACAGCGACGACUACAACUUCCUUCACCGCUUCACCGUUGAGGGUGCUACCGUCUCUGCCCCAUCUUUCACUGCCAGCUCGACCACCACCUCUUCCACUUCUACCGAGACCUCUACCUCUACCACUGAGACUACCUCGACUUCCGUGGUCAGCACCACCAGCUCCUCCACCUUGACUACCGCCACUUCCACCACCACCCCUGCUAGCACUCCCGCCAGCACCUCUGUUACUGAGACCUCUACCUCUGCCGCUGAGAGCUCCCCCGCUGCUUCCACCUCGGCUAGCGCUACGGAGACUGCUCAGGAUUCCGUGCCUACCACCAACGCCGGUGUCGCCAAGCGCGUCUCCGGUGGUAUGCUGGCCCUCGUCGCCGGUGCCUUCAUGCUGUAA